AUUUCCGGUGUACUUUCGUUUGUUGUGAAAUUUCACCAGACCACAGCACGUUGGCCUCACUGUGUACUAUCGCAGAAGUUUUGAUUUGUUACAGCUUUGUGUAUCUAAAUUAAAUCUUCAACAUGCCGAAGGAAAGAGCCCAGAAGAAGUCGCGGAUACACCAGCAAGUGGCCCAAGUACAGAGACAAGGUAUCUCCUUCAGAACAGAAAUUGGUCAGCACAUCCUGAAAAAUCCAAUGAUUGUCACAAGUAUGGUUGAGAAGGCAGCAUUGCGGCCUACAGACGUGGUGCUUGAGGUGGGUCCCGGCACAGGAAACAUGACAGUUCGACUUCUGGAGAAGGUGAAGAAGGUGGUGGCGUGCGAAGUGGACCCUAGAAUGGUUGCUGAAAUUCACAAAAGAGUUCAGGGAACUCCUGAGGCUCCCAAACUUCAAGUGAUGGUUGGUGAUGUGUUGAAGACAGAACUGCCUUUCUUCGAUGUUUGUGUUGCCAACUUGCCCUACCAGAUUUCAUCUCCUUUUACCUUCAAGCUUUUGCUACACAGACCAUUUUUCAGGUCCGCGGUGCUCAUGUUCCAGCGAGAGUUUGCCCAACGACUUGUGGCCCAGCCGGGAGACAAGCUGUACUGUCGGCUGUCGGUGAACACUCAGCUGCUGGCGCGCGUGGACCACCUCAUGAAGGUGGGAAAGAACAACUUCCGACCUCCCCCUAAAGUGGAGUCCAGUGUUGUCAGAAUAGAGCCAAGGAAUCCUCCGCCGCCCAUCAACUUCAAGGAAUGGGAUGGUUUGAUAAGGAUUUGCUUCUCAAGGAAGAACAAAACAAUUGGAGCAUCUUUUAAGUUUUCUAAAGUGUUGGAAAUUUUGGAGAAGAAUUACAGAGUGUCGUGUUCAGUGAGAAACAUACCGGUGCCCGAGGACUUUAACGUGAAGGACAGAGUGGUGGAGCUGCUGCAGAAGGGAGGGUUUGAGGAGAAACGUGCCCGAAGCAUGUCCAUCGAUGACUUCAUUGAGCUGCUGAAUCUCUUCAACGAGGCUGGCUUUCAUUUCCAGUAGGCUGAGCAAGGCCACUGUAACUAUGAGCCUCUGGUGAUUGGAUCAUAGGCUGGAUCGAUAACAACAACAGGAGGGGAUGACUGGAAUCAUCUGGGCAUUUGUGAACAUAAUAAUUUAAUAUUACAAGAUUUUGUAGUUUUCAGCAGUGUAAUUGAUAAACUCUUCCCCACACUGUCUUUCAUCCUCCCCCCUUUUCUCAAAGAUUUCGUUAUAUUGUUUGAUUUCACUGCUGUGUAUGAUAUUGUAUUGACCACAAGGAAGGAGGAGUGGGGGGGGGGGGGGGGGACUCUCCUGUCGUGGGGUGCCUCGCAUACACCACAGACUGUUUGUAGCAGCAUCUUUUCUCCUUACAUUGUCUUCUCUUCAGCUCUCUCGCUGAUCUGUCAAUUGAAGGUCUGUUCUUAAAUUAAUAGACCACUGAAGCCCUGUGCUGUCUGGUGUAUCUUCAAAAUUACCUACCUUUGUCUCAUGGAGUACUUACUUGGGGAUGUUCAUGUUCAAAAUUACCUAUUUGUGUCUUGUGGGAUACAUACCCUGUUUAAUAUUACACAAGCAUAAACAAAGUCACACCAACUUCCCGAUUUAAAUGCCAUUCAGCUGUCACACACCCACUCCUCCAACCGUGCACACACACACACACACACACACACAUGUGGGUAACUCCUCUCACACACACACUCUCACACAUACACAGGUGGGUAACUCACUCUCACACAUACACAGGCAGGUGGCUGGAGGAUGUGACUAGUUGGUUCUACUUCUUUGUUCUCCCCCUGCUUUUUUGUCUGUCUUUCCUUUUCCCAGCACAAAAUGACCUUGUUGUGUCAAAGUGCUUCUCUUCACUCAAACAAACAAAUCCUUUUACGUUUGUACCAGUAUGAAUGUCUAUCUCUAUGCCAAUGUGUAUAGUAUAUGUAUAUAAAUUACAGGACAUGUUUCUGGUCAUGUCAAGCCAACUAAUAUGAUAAAUAACAUGGAUGUGAUCUUUCAUGGGAUGAAAAAUGAAUGUGUCUGUCUGUUUGUGAAAGUUGAAAAGAUAAAUCUGUUAUGGCUGACUCGAUGAGGUUUUGAAUGUGUUGUUGACUAAGGUCAAACUGAAAUAAAAGUGUAAAAGAUAAAAGAAA